GUGAUUUGCCAGCCAAAAAUUGCACAAACUCUUAAAGCUCUUAAUUAAGUGUUCGCUUGCCUAUUUUGUUAUAAGUUCAUCAUGACGACUCUGAUAUUUUGGGGUUGUUUACUUCUCUUCGCUGCAGCUACGCUAAGUGAAAGAGGGGCUGUAGGGGCGGAUGAUUUCCGGUACGUGACAGGUUACGCCGGCCCCAACUACACCGGCGUCCACUACCAGUUCACCGACUACACGCCCGACCUCAGUGUCGUGCAGAUGGACAACACAAUCCAGAGCGCCUGUGGUGUUGGAAUCUGGAUGCUCUACGACACUGCGGACUACGACCUGGACCACGCUUGGUCGGUUGUUUGCCGAUACAUGGCAGCGAGCUGGUGUGCAAGUAUGGGCACGGCUUGCAAUACGUCGUCCCUUAGGUACGCAGGAAGUCCAUACGGCCUCAACGACAACUACUACAACCUGUACGAAGACACUAUCUACAGAGGGAAGGAGUUCAGAGGCAACACAAACGCGUCCGACGUGGGUGACCUGGACAUGGACGUCUCGUCUCUCGUCGUAACUGGACAAUCGCCUUGGACGUUCUACACCGGCCUCCACUACACUGGGGCGAACGUGUGCGUGUACCCAUACCGUCACAGCACCAACAAUGACAUCCAUCUUGACUUCGCAUAUUACGACAAAAUGGACUACCUCGGUAUGCCCGACAACUCCAUCAGGUCUGUAGCGCGGGGCUGCCUCAGCGACCGCGUACUGGGCCAUCCCGGCCAUGAACGCCGCGGUCUCGACGAUAUAAACUGAAUAAUUAACAUUCGCGCGCGAUCUUCAGUGCAUAUACAUGUUGGUUGUGCGCGUGUGAAGAACAGCGGUGCAUGUGUGAAAUACAGAUGUGCGCGAUGUUCCCUUCAAAUAAGUAGGCUCUAUGUGGGUGAAGAACAGAUGUGUGGGAUGUCCAGCACCCUAUUUAGGCUGCAUGUAUUGUAUUGGUAAGAAGACAAGAGAAUGUGUUUGCUUGUAAACACUCGGCAAGAGGAGACGUUGAUUUCAGGAGGCAGUACUAAAUGACGCAGAAAUAUUGGUGUGAAUUCAACAUUAAUCCGAGGACGGCAAUUCGUUGACUGAGUGAGUGAGGGAUACGUUGAAACACUUUUCUUUACUAAACUUAUCAUGUAACGCGAGAAUUAUUACACACAUACGAGGUCAUGAUCGUUGCAUGAAACACACUGCGAGAUGGAAGCAUUAGCGCAAGUACGUGUGUCUAAAUGCCGUGCCCCUGCAACAUUCUGUUUUGUUGGGUGAGUUGAAUAUUUACAAGUUGCAUUUCUCUCUAAAUUUGGGUUUAAUAAACGAUACUGUAAACUGCUUUAAGGCGUCACCUUCACAACAUUACGCAUGAUCACGCCAUACCAGCUGGUCAGUCCAUCGCUCAGCAAGACCUGGUAAUGUCCGCCUAAAGCAAAGUGUCGAUGCUAACAUGACGGGCAUUAAACUGGAAAUUGCAUGGAAAAACGUAACCUCGUUGGACUUCAUUUAGGAAAAAGUUAAACCACCAUCUGAGAACCGAACGCACAUGCUCCGAGGAGAAAAAUAUCGACUGCGAGCGGUCACUAAAGUAAUUUCUGUAUAUAUGUUUAAUCCACCUCGGUUACGUGCAGAAUAUGUGGAACUUAUAGUCAUCAGCUUUCGAAUCUUUGAAUCAUGAAGUUCGACUUUGAGCUUAUUUUAUGCUUUCUUAACACAUUGAGAAAACCAUUUGUGUUUUUUUUUUUAAUUCUCAUUCAUUGCUUCGUCACCUUCGCGUAAUUUGAAGAAUUAUCACAUCAAAAUUAAAUGAAACGAAGUUUAUUAUGCAUGUCGGCGACUUGAUUAGUUACUCAGAUCUGUAGUAAUCUAGCCGCCUAACGAUAGACCCAAUUCCGUAAACGGUCCAAAGAAAGUUUAUACUUGAGUUAACAUGUACUUUAUAAAGCCACCGUAAGUUUGCACAUUCAGAAUUUAAUUGAAAGUACUCCAAACACAAAUGAAAUUACAUAUUAAAUUUAUUAUUCUAUAAAGUUCAAAGCGUCAUGGUUCACUAUUUCUGCUCCAAAUAAACUUUAUUGCGAGAAAAUUUGAAAAUUUUACCUCAACCCGAAUCUCAGUAGAGUGAGCAUUCCACAGCUUAGUUCAAGACUUAGUUAAUUCAAUAAUUCUCGUCGUUUGAAAGCCUAGACAUGAAGACUUGUAAGACAAGUCUUGACACUAAUCGACGUGAUAUGAAUAUUCUCAUUACUAAUAUCAGCAGAAUAAGGCGAAAAUCUAAGGCACAAAAGGUGGUAAACAUCGUGAUAACUAUAAGCUUAGGCUAAUUCAAAAUCAUAUGUACUAAAGGCAACAAUCAGUUUCUCAAGAUAUGUUACUAAAUGCUAGUAAUCUUGAGUGCUAUACUGGCCUCAGAAUGGCUUGAGCAAGAAACUGGCCUAGCUCUU